AUGCCUAACAUGUAUCAAUUAUUUUUGUUGCUAACAUCUUUGGCAGUUCAUUUAUGUAUUGGUCAAGAAAUAUGUUCGUCUGUUAAUUGCGUAUUGCCUUCUUGUAUGUGUUUGACAACGAAGCAUCCCAUAACACAGGAUGUCAAACAACUACCUCAAUUAAUACUAUUGAGUUUUGUUGGAGAUCUAAAUAAAUACUCAUUGGAUUCGCUCCGAUCAAUACUGAAUCCUGUUCAUCGUAAUCCAGAUAAAUGUCCAAUAUCAAGUACAUUCAUUGUUAAUGAUAAGCAUACAGAUUAUUGCUUUGUACAACGUUUAUUUGACAAUAAUAAUGAAAUAGCUAUAACAGCGGCAAGUAACAAAUGUCCAUUAACGAACUGUUAUGGUGAAAGCUCAUGGCAUAAAUGGGAUCAUGAUCAAUGGACUAAUGAGAUUAAAACACAACGUGAAAAUAUAGUCAGAAAAGCUCAGAUUCAUUAUUCACAUAUCAAAGGUUUUCGCGUGCCUCAUUUACAAAUUGAUGACAAACGACAUUUACAUGUUAUACGAGAUUUUAGUUUUAAUUAUGAUUCAUCAAUGAUCUUUGCACGGUCUAGACAUGAAAAUCGAGAAAAUAUAACAUUACCCGUAUGGCCAUUUACGUUAGAUUAUCAAAUUGGCAAUAAAGACUUUUUGUGCGAAAAUUGUGGUUAUGAAAAAAUAACAACGUUUCAAGGACUUUGGGAAUUUCCCCUACAUCAUUGGCAUGAUCCGAAUAUUAACGUAAAAUGUCAUACAUUAGCGGAUACAUCUCGAUGCUUUCCAAAUGGUGAAACAGUUGAUUUGUUGUAUGAACUAAUGAUUUAUAAUUUUAAUUUGCAUUAUAAUUUUAAUCGUGCACCAUUAGUUAUUGAGCUUGAUCUAGUUUGGCUAUAUGAUAAUGAUCAACAUUUAGAAGUGAUUAUUCGUUUUAUUAAACAUAUAAUAAAGAUAAAUAAUGAUGAUAUUUAUUUUGUUUCAAUUUCACAAGCUCUUGAGUGGAUGAAAUAUCCUCGUUUACUCAAUGAAACAAAAGAUUUUUGGGCAUUUCAGUGUGAUAGAAUGAAAUACGAUUAUGAUAUUAAAUGUCGUGAUGGUUAUAAUGAUGAUAAGAAUCAAAUAGAAAAUCCUUUAUCAAAAAAUUCGUCAAAUACAUUAGAAACAAUCGUCGAUUAUCAAGAUGAACAAUUGUUUCAUGGUGGACUUUUAUUUCAUUGUAUAUGGAUAUGUUUAGUCUUAGUUUUAUUAAUUAUAUUCUAUGAUAAAUAUUUGUCCAAAUAA